AUGUCUUCCAAACCGCGCCAUGAGGCCGUUACGUGCAAAACCAUCGACGGCAUCACGCUCGAGGGGUGGUUCUACCCGGUUGAGGGCCCUGCGCCCGCCAUUGUCAUGACCCACGGCUUCAACUGCGUCAAGGAAAUGAGCCUCUCGGAUACGGCCGAAGGUUUUCAGAGAAGAGGCUACAAUGUGUACCUCUACGACUCGCGCAGUGUUGGGGCCAGCGGCGGGCUCCCACGCAACCAGAUCGACCCCCUGCAAAUGGCCGAAGAUAUCUCCGACGUCGUGACCCACGUCAUGUCGCUGCCGGCCGUGGAUCCGGCGCGGGUGUUCCUCUGGGGCAUGUCGCUGGGCGGCACCGUCAGCGCCGUGGCGGCCAUCGUGGACCGGCGGGUAGCGGGCGUGCUGAUGGUGUGCCCCAUCUUCCACUUUGUACGGCCGGACCGGCGGGCGCGCGCCUUUGGGCAGCUGAUGCGCGACCGAGCGUCGCAGCUGCGCGGCAACGAGCCCCACACGCUGCAGCCCUUCAACAGCAAAGGCGAGAACCCGAUCGGCAUGGCCGGCGCCGGUGGCCCCGGCGGCCGCGAGGCCUACGUGCUGAUGCGCACGGCGGUCGAACGCGGCCAUCCCAGCUUCCGCGACCGAAUCACGCUGCAAACCUACCAGAAGCUCGCCCUUUUCCAGCCGCUCCCGCUCAUGGACCUGCUUGAGACCGUCCCCGUCAUGAUGAUGGUGCCCGAGCUCGACGACAUGUCGCCGGCCGCAGCGCAGCAGGAGGCUUUUGAGCGUCUGCAGACGCCCAAGAGGAUGCACUUUGCCAAGGGGAGGGGCCACAUGACCAUCCUCACGGGCGAGGGAACCCAGGACAUUUUCGAGGCCAUGGUCGGCUUUUUUGACGACGUGUCCGAGUCUCGCUUUGUGUCCGACUCGUGA